AUGCUUCGCACUGAUUUGGCCGACACGUGCAUGCACAUCACGGGUCUACAAUUGCCCGACCUCUCCGUCGAACAAGUGCUCUCGCAGACGAUCCAACCGCCCGAACAAGCGCGUAUCCAUGCCGCGAUGGACAGUCUCCACAUGGUCGGCGCGAUCGAUCGCGACGAAAAAUUGACCUCGUUGGGCAGGGUUUUGUUGCACAUCCCCGUCGAAGUCGCAAUUGGAAAGAUGUGCAUCCUCGGAUCCUUCUUCCGUUGCCUCGAACCCGUCUUGACCUUGGCCGCGAUCCUAACGAAUCGGGAUCCGUUCAUGUCCCCGAUCGCGGUCAAAGAACAAGCCGAUUUGCGCAAAAACACCUUCACACCCAAGGAUUUCCGUUCGGACCCUUUGACCGUCUUGGCGGCUUACAACGAAUGGGAGCACAUCCUCUCUCGACAGGGGAUGAACAGGGCGUAUGACUUCACAAGGGAGAACUUCCUCUCGUUCCCUACGUUGCUGCUCAUCCAAAAGAUCAAACAACAUCUACUUCAAGCGCUGGACAAGGCCGGCGUUCUGGAAUUGGGAACCGCCGGCCAAGGGGGAGGGAUGAACAAUCGCUUUAGGAGGAGGGGGAGGAACGUUACGCUGCCUCCGAGCCUGAACGUCAAUGCCGAUUCGAUGCCGUUGUUGUCGAGUUUGAUCGCCGCCGCGGCGGCGCCGAAUUUCGCUAUUCGCACGAGUGAGAAGACUUUCAGGACUAGUCAGGACAAGGUGAGCUUUCGCGAUCAAGAUUGUCGCUCAGGACUUGGUAGCUAACUAACUGGCCUUUGGAAUGACAAACAGGUCUGCGCGAUCCACCCUUCGAGUGUCAACUCGCGCAAGAAUGAAAAAGUCGCCGCUCAAGAACUUGACGUCGCCAUCAACGAGAUCGUCUCGUCCGAUCAACUGUACGCUUUCGGCGAGAAAUCCAAGACGGGUAGUCUGGCGAACCCUUCAGGUGGUGGGCAGAUGUUCUUGCGCCAGACGACGAUGUUGGACCCUUUGGGGUACAUGCUGUUUGGUGCGCACAAGUUGGCCGUGACGGAUCGUGGGUUGGAAUGCGACGAUUGGUUGCCCAUCGUUGGGAACGUGGCCGUCUUGGACGACGUCGAACGCCUCAAGGACGUGUUGGAUCUUUCUUUGUUGAGGGUGUUCGAAGGACUGGGGGUACAGAUCAGUGGAUCGGGUGGAAGAGGACCCGCAGCUCGACCUACCCUUGGUGCGGGAGGAGCCCGCGACUACGAUCGCGACGACGACGAGGACAGCGAAGGCGAACCCGAGCAAGAUCCUUACGAGUCGCAGAACCAGGAACUGAGCGCCACCGAAGUCGCUGAUUUGGAUAAAUUGACGCGUCAUGUCGUCAAAGUACUCAACCGGUAUGUCUCAUCGAGUCGUGCGCUUUCCCUUCUGGAUCCACGGCUGACUGGGCCUUCCUUGUGGCCUCGAAUAGAUUCGCGGAGGCUCGUUUGGAACGCACGGCCGCUACAGCCCGCUCGAGGCCCGACAGCCCCAUGA